AGCACAUGAACGCAUCAUAAGGCACUCUCUCAUUGGUGGAGUUGGCGUUGCCUGCGCCAUGUGAUUGGCCGAGACAGGCGACCAUUUACGGAAGUAUUCGGCUCCUACUAUAAUGCGCAUGGAUGCAGUUUAAUUGUCAAAAUACCAGUUAUGGAACAAAACAAUGAUGGCAGCCUGGCCCAAGUGCAGCACAUCGUCUUGGUUCUGUCAGGAAAAGGAGGCGUGGGGAAGAGCACCAUAACCUGUGAGCUGGCUCUUGCCCUGAGGCAUGCUGGGAAAAAGGUUGGCAUCCUAGACGUGGAUUUGUGCGGCCCCAGUAUUCCACGCAUGCUGAGCGUGGGUCGACCCGAUGUGCACCAGUGUGACACGGGGUGGGUGCCGGUCUACGCCGAUGCGGAGAAAAACCUCGCCCUCAUGUCCAUUGGCUUCCUAUUGGAUGACCCGGAUGAAGCUGUGGUGUGGAGAGGCCCCAAGAAAACAGCUAUGAUUGGCCAGUUUGUGUCAGAUGUGGCAUGGGGCGAGCUGGACGUGCUGCUGGUGGAUACGCCACCGGGGACUUCUGAUGAACAUUUGGCCAUCUUGGAGAACAUUAAGAAGCACAAGCAAGUGGAUGGAGCUGUUUUGGUCACCACACCACAGGCAGUUUCAACGGGGGAUGUGAGACGAGAGGUUACUUUCUGCAAGAAAACAGGAGUGCGGGUCCUCGGCAUCAUAGAGAACAUGAGCGGCUUUGUUUGCCCGCAUUGCUCUGAAUGCAGCAAUAUUUUCUCCAAAGGUGGUGGUGAGGAGUUGGCCAAACUCACAGGCUCAGUUUUCCUUGGUGCCGUGCCCUUGGACCCGAAGCUCAGCACCUGCAUAGAGGAAGGCAUAGACUUCCUAAAGUCAUUCCCGGACAGCGCCACCUUCAGUGCCAUUAGCAGCAUUACGCAGACUCUCCUCAGCAGCCUGCAGGCUGCCUAAGCAGGCGUCGCUCAACACUGCAUUAAUGAUUGAUGUACCGCGACUACUGUGAAGAUAUGUCAAUCUUAACUGUCUUGCUCUCCAAUAAAUGUACAAUUCAUUUA